UCUGGGACUGCUGAAUUUUUCCAUCGAUCCUCCAUCCUCCACCCUCCAUCCCACGUUGUCCUCUUCAUAAAUGGUCCAGCUUGGCAGCUUGUCUUGGCCUCUUGUCUUCUGCGCCUCCUCCCGUCUUAUGCUGUGUAGCCAAGAUCUUGGUGUCAAAAUAAGCUUUCACUCAACCUCGUCUCGUCCCAUUCCGUCAAUGCGUCACACGCUAUGGACAACUCCACCUUUGACCCGACCAAUGUCGACCUCGACACGGCCGAUCCAACCCAAAUCAUCUGCUAUUUAUAUGCCGGUGGCAAUGACUACGACGGCCGCCUGGGGGCUCGCAUCUCGGCUCUUUUUGUGAUCCUCAUUGUCUCGACCUACGCCACCUUCUUCCCCGUCUUGGCAACGCGUGUGAAGCGCUUCCACAUCCCGCGCUAUGUCUAUCUGUUUGCCCGCUAUUUCGGCGCCGGUGUCAUUAUUGCCACUGCCUUCAUCCAUCUCCUCGAUCCGGCUUACGACGAGAUCGGCCCCAGCUCAUGUGUCGGCAUGACCGGGGGCUGGGCCGUCUACAGCUGGCCCCCUGCCAUCGCCCUGACUUCCAUUAUGGCCAUCUUCCUCCUCGACUUUUUCGCCGAGUGGUAUGUCGAGGGCAAAUACGGCCAUUCGGCUGUGCAUCCGCACCACGAUGUUGAGCACACGGUUACGGCAGGCGGUACAGCGGCGAGUGACGCUACACAUGACGAUGGCAAUGGCCACGGGAACAACCAGGACCUCGAAUCUGCCCACCAAUCCCGAAGCGUAUCCGAGAAAAAGCUCGACGUCGACGAACUGGAUGUCCUGUCCGGUUCGUCAAUAGAGAUGGAGCGGGCAUUCCACGAGCAAAUCGCGGCCUUCCUCAUCCUCGAAUUCGGUGUCAUAUUCCACUCCGUCAUCAUCGGCUUGAAUCUUGGCGUCGCGGGUGAGGAGUUUGCCCAGCUAUACCCCGUUCUUGUCUUCCACCAAAGCUUCGAGGGCUUGGGUAUCGGCGCCCGGCUGUCUGCCAUCCCCUUCCCGCACCGCCUUCGCUGGAUGCCAUGGGCUCUGUGCACCGCGUACGGGCUGACAACCCCGAUUGCGAUCGCCAUAGGCCUGGGUCUCCGGACUACAUACAACGGUGGCUCCUUCACUGCCAACGUUGUCUCGGGUGUUUUCGACUCCAUCUCGGCUGGUAUUCUGAUCUACACCGGGCUGGUCGAACUGCUGGCGAGGGAUUUUCUGUUCAAUCCCAACAGGACUCGAGACAAGAGACGUGUUCUUUCCAUGCUUUUUUCUCUGUUGUUGGGUACUGGGGUGAUGGCUUUGUUGGGAAAGUGGGCUUGAACGUACCGAGAUGCCACGAAAAGGACUAUGAGCCCUAGCAGAGUAGGAUGCUAGAGGCGAGCAGCUGGAGACCAAGAAGGAAAAGGAUACCCAACCUUAGUUAGAAACAUACAGGACAUUGCGACAGGAUCUAGGAUAAAGUCACGGGCAGUAAUGAUGGAAUUUCUGGUUGCAACCCGACGUUGUCGUAAUUGUAGUCUUAAAGACAGGAAAGAAAGAAAUAAGCAUCAGUUCUCCAGAAG